AUGUUAAGCAGUAUGGUGAACAGAGAUAAAUUUGAUGAAAAAACAUGUAUAAUUUUUGCAAGUUACAAAGAUGCAAAAACCUUAACAAUAAAUCAAGUUUCUUCUAAUUUUUCUAAUUUAUUUUGCUUUACAAGCAGAGACCAUAUCUAUGAUAAAAAUAUUGAAUCUAUUAUACCUCUUGCAUUUCAGAGUGUACAUAAAAUGUAUAUAAAGUAAUAUUUAGAAGAUUCAAUAACAUGUGAUAUUUCUUCAAUUAAUACAGAUCAGCAAUUAUAAUAAAAUGAACAAGAUAAUGAAAAUGAUUCGAAUGAGGUAACACCAGAUAACUAAGCUUAAAAUUACUAAUUUAACCAAUUAAAAUAUUUAUCAGAGAAAUAAACUGGCAUAAAAAAUUAAAACUAUGAAUUAUAAAAUUGUAAAAUGAAUUAGUAGAUAAUAUUUGCCUCUUUAAACUAAAUGUUCAUCUUACCUAUCAAAAUAGACAUUAGGACAAAUGAAUACAAAGAGAACGGAACGUUUGGAUUAGUAGCUAAAAUAAAAAAAAUAAAUGAAAAAUACUAAUAUAUUCUAUUUAACGAGACAGAUCUAGGUGUUGUAGGCCUCACUAAAUAAAUGCAUGAAUUAUUCUUUCCUAAUUUUAAUAAUCUUUAAAAAAUUAAUUUGAGAUAAAUUUUUCCCUUUUUGAUUGAUACUUAAAAUCAAACAAAAAUUGAAGAUUCACAGGUUUAAAAUAACGAAAGGAUUUGCAAUUCUACUAAUAUAAAAAACUAAUUUCAUGUAAAUCUAACCGAUGAGAUGCAGUAAAUCCUUAGUGGAUAAUCAAAAAAUAAAUUAAAAAUUAAAAAAAAAUUAUCGUUUAUAGUUAUAUAGCACUCAGAUGAUAAAAACAACACAUUAAACUCUUCAUGUAACAAUAUAAAAAGAUUAUAUAAAGCUAAAUCAUAGAAAGAAAUUUCAUCAUAUAGUUUUAACUAUGUAUAAUUAUUUGUUCGAAAAUUAAAGUACAAAGGAGUAAACAACUUGAGCUAUGUUGAAAUAGUAAAAAUAAGAUAACUUAAUCCUGCCAAAUAAGCUCAAAUAAUCCUUAAAGAAAUCACAAAAGUGAAAAAAUAAUAUAUUUAUUCUUAACUAUUUGAGAAUCCUAUUGAGCUGUAAAAUAUCAUUUCAGAUUUAGAAUUAAAUAAUAAUAAUAAUAGCUAAUUAUAAUUUAACAGUUUUCAUACUUAACUUCAAUAAAGUAGCAGAAAUUAUAAUUAUGGUAAUUAAUUACAUCUAAUAAAUGAAAAUGAUACUCCUAUUGAUUUUGCAUAAGUUGAUUUUUAUAAAUAAUACUAACUUACAAAUAAGCAGUAAACUUAGAGUGAUGAAAGUACUAACCUUGAAUAAAUUAAAAUGAUGUCAUAUAGAAUUGGAUAAGAGGAUUUGAACUGUUAAUCUGAUGGAGGUAGUAGUUUGACUUUAAACAAAUUCAAAGAAUAAAAAGAAUUAUAAAAGUUGAAUGAAAUAAUGCAAUUUAAUUAGUUGUAUUAGCUGCAAAAUAAUAAUUCGUAGGAAAAAAAACUUAUUUAGUAAAAUCAAGGAAACUAAGUCUGUAACAGUGAUUUGUAAAUAAAAGUAGAUUUUCCUAAUAAAAAUUUGAAUUUUUAAAACCUUUAAGAAGAUUAAUUAAAAACAAGUAGCUAUUAUGCCUUAGCUAGUCCUGGAAAAUUAAAUAAAACAAUAAACUUGGAGCUAACUCCAAAUAACAGUUAUUUUAUGAAUAUUAAUUCUAAUCAACAAUCUUUAACUCUGUUUUCAGAUUAGAAUUUUAAUGUCCAACAAACGAAAUAAAAUGAAUGUAUUUCAAAUAAAACUUAAGAAAAUAUCUAUUUAGAUGUAGAAACUAGUAAUCUUGAAAUUUAUAAAAAAUAAAAUACUGCAAUCAGUCCUUUAAAAAUUAGUAAAAAUCCUAGCAAAAUUUUUAUAUCGAAUAAUUUUAGAGAAAAAAAAGUCAACAAUACAUUGAUUAAUGCUUUGAGUAACACAGAAAAAAAACAAUUUAUGAAAAACUCUUAUCAACAUAAUCAUUAUAAUUAGCAAAACAAAAAUAUUAAAAAGUAGCAAGUUCAAGAUAUUAUUUAUGAUAUAGCUUCAAGCAACUCUCAAAAUUCAUAUUAUACUCCAGUGAAGAGUUAAUUGUAACAUAUUAUGGAAGAUUAAUCAACUUUAUAAGUAAUAAAAUUAAUAAAAAUGAUUGGUAUUAUCUGCUUCAGUAUUAUGAUAUGCAUCACUUUUAUACAAUUUAACUCGAUGCAAUAGUAUCUGUAAUAAGCUAAUUAAGAUUAUAAAGAUUUUAGUUGGCCCACAACUUAUUCUUCAUCUUUAAGUGACAUCCUUAAAUAUAAAAAUAUUUAAUAUCUUGUUAAUAAUACAAACAUAAAAUUCCCAGACAUUAACUAAUAGCAAAUUUUUUAUAAUCAAAUGCAAUAAAAUAUGGAGAAUACUUUUUCAAAUGUAUUACGAUUGUUAACUUAAAUGGAAAUGGCUAACUCACAAAGAACAGUGUUUAAUAGAGUAAUAGAAAAUUAAAUUGUUUUUCAUUUUGAGCAAUUAUAUGAUCCAUAAUUACUUAACUAAAUUACAUCUGAUACGUAGUUAAUAAGCAUAAAUUAUACUACUAACUUACAAUAUAGCAUACUUUUAAAUGUUUAAAACAUUUUCCACUAUAUUCAUAACUUAAGUAAUGGAAGGCCUGAGUAUUACUUAAUAUAAAAUCAGUUAGAAUAAAUUUCUUAAUUAAAAAAAUUAUAACAAGAAAUAGAACAAAGCCAAUCAUAAUAAUAAGAAUACAUUCAAGGCUGUGUUGCGAUCAUAAUACCAUUAUAUUAUUAUAUUCAAAAAGAAAGAGACUCUAUAAUUUACCUGUUUACUACAUUUCCAAUUUAAAAGUUAGAUAUUUUGAUCAAAAAUAUUUAAAAUUCCUACUUAAGCACAAACACUAGCUCAAUUUAUUAGAAUUAAGACAACUAAAUAAUUUUAGAUACAAUUGUUUAAUUAUAAAGUAUCGAUAAUUAAAAGAAUAUCAGGAAAUAAAGUAUUAGCUCAAUCACAAGUCUCCCUAGAUACAAUAAAAAAUUACUUUUUGCUUGUUUCUUUAUUUAUGCAUUUAUUAUAUGCUACCCAAUAAUUGUUUAAAUCUUAACUACUGAUUAUUUAGCAAAGUCUGCUGUAGAUCUUUAAACAAUAUAGAAAGUCUACUAUUUAAGAUCAUACCUACUAUAGAAUAUAGCGAUACAUUUUAAUAUUAUAGUUAUGAAGGCAAAACCAGGUUUCAAGCGUAUGUAGCCUGAAAUGUAUUAUGAUUAUUUAUAAACACUAAUUUCAUAAUAUGAAGAUAUAAGUAAGGAUAUCUAAUGGAUAAUAAACUCAUAGUAUUCAGAUUAAAGAUUUAACUAAAACUUAUAUGAUAGCUUCUUUUUUUCUGCUUUUAAAACAAACUUGUGUGAAAAUUUUAUGAAUUAUCCUUAGUUCAAUACAAAUCCUAAAAAAAUAAAUAUUGGUUUCUGUGCUUCAUCACAAGAAGAGCUCUUAUAAAAUGGCUUCUAAGUGGCUUACAAAAGUCUUUUUAUUAAUCUAUUUACUGAUUUAUACAACAUAUAUUAAAUAACAGACAAAAAUAAAUAAUUUGAAUAAAUCAGAUAAAUAUUAGGAAAUUUUGAUAUUUAGGAAUUUACUGAUUUUUCUGAGUUUUUGGAUGAAACAAUUAUUAUUGAUUGCAUUGAUAGCUUUUUAAAUGGUGUUAAUGCUUUUAAUCUUCUUUUUGGGUUGGAUUACUUUCAGUAAUUAUAUGAAUGA